AUUGCCAUGUCCUCCAAAUUUAUUGCUAAGAUUUCGAUAUAACUCCCUUCUUACAGCAAAAUUCCCGGUUGAAAAAGUAAGUUCUGUUUCAAAAACCGAAAAAACUGAAGUCUUUUGAAUUAGCUUCGCUUUGAUGUUUUAACAACGAGGCUACCAUGCGCGGGAAAACACCAAUGUUUUCUUGUACCGCCAAAUCGCAUAGCAUAUCAUAGCCCAUGUAGUUUCGAGUUUGCCCGACAAUAUAUUUCAUAGAGUUGCAUUUGAUCGUCAUGGUUAGGACGAGAGCUGACAAUUCUGUACGAAAAGCUGUUGGUGCAAAGGCACCUAGAAAGUUGGCAGCCAGUUCUGGUGGUGCCAGUUCAAGCUCAACACCUUCAAAGAAAAGUGGUUACACAUCUAGUGGAGGUGGCAAUCCAGUGAGGCUAUGUGACAUACCUGCUUGGCAAAAGGGUAUUGGAGAAUUCUAUCCUAAGUUAAACAAAAAAGGCAAAGAUGAAGGAACUGCAACAGUAACUUCAGAAAGCAGUAUGGGGUCCUCGUCAGAAAAAGAGCCAUUGACCCAAUCUUGUAGUAGUUCGGCUGAUAAUGACAUUGAAAUGCCAACCAGCAGCGCAGGUUCCUCAGCUAACAUAGAUGAGGUGAACCAAAAUGAAGUUGAAACAGAUUGCAAAUCGACCGAUCUUAAAGACAAAGAGAAUGUCCCAGCAGUUCCUUGUGGCUCAAAUAGUGAUAUGGAAGAAGCAGGUCCAUCUGGAAGUAUGCAGAGCCAGGAGGCGGGCUCUUCCGGCUCCACAAUUGGCACUGUAACAGAUUGCGAGUCAACCAACCAUGAAGUUGAAGAAAAUAUCCCAGCAGUUCCUUGUGGCUCAAAUAGUGCUAUGGAAGAAGCAGGUCGAUCUGAAAUUAUGCAAGUCCAAGCAGCAAGCUUUAGUGAUCCGAAACCGGGUUCUUCCAGCUCUACAAUUGAUGACACUGAAGCCCCUUGUUGCUCAACUUCUAACAAAUAGUUCUGAAAACGUUUUAUUGUUUAUAACAUUGUGGACACUCUUCUAUCUCUGGACUUGGAGAAAAGAUGUUUCAACUCUCUAGGCAAAUAGCAAGUCUUCCUCUACUUCAUUAAUUUGUACAUAAGGGGGGGGGGGGGUUCAUUCGUGUUGGCUUGUUUUAUAACAAGAAUUAAUGGAGAUAAAGGUGAAGUUGCUAGUUUCUUUCUUAACAUACUAACCAAGGGCAGGACCAGGGGCUUUCAAGUCCUGGAGGACACCUUGGGGCAAGGGGACAGUCAGCCCCCUAAUAUUUUGACGAAUAAUGGUCUUUUUUCUCAAACAAUGGGAAAAUGACAUCAUCUUAUCAACGUUAUAGGCUUGCUCCCCCCAAAGUGUCCACCCCCUGCUUCCAAGAAUAGUAAGAACCUGUUUCUGAUAAACAAACCCUUUUGUCCUAUUAUUCUCAACCAAUUUUAUCUCUUCAAUGACUUAGUCUUCCCAAUAGUAAAUGUUCCUUUUUACCUUGUUUAACAAAAGCAUUUUGUGCAAAUAAUCAUAUAAUUGGCAGCCAGUCAUGUUUGUACUAGUUCCAGCCCCCAUAUUGCCUACUGUAUUAGUCAGGAAAAAACUGCAACUCCAGUCCCGGUGGCUUUCUUAUGUUUAAAAGAAAAUGGAAUAUUGUCACACUUCUUCUAGAAACAAAGACUUGAACCCCCAGUCAACUCUCUCCAGCCAAUACCCUCUUAUACAACAUCCGUUAAAACAACAAUGGCAAUUACAAAAUCUAAAAAUAGGCAACCAAUCACAGUGAAACUUUUGUUGCUGGAGUUUCCAUUCAACAAUGUCUUGGAAACUGCCUGAUUCUUAUGCAAAUUGAAAGGAAUUUAGCUUGUUUUUAGAUCACCAGGAUUUCUAUCUGUUAAUCCUCCUCAGCCUGAAGUAUUUGUAUAAAUCAAUAUAUUGUGUGCAAUAUAUGAUGUAUUUUUACACUUUCCAUAUUGUGAAAUGUUGCAGCAGUAUCUGUCUUUGUCAGUCUUGAAGUAUUUCUUGAUAAAGAUACAAGGUUUUAAAUUAUAUUUUCUUUUCUUGAAUCACAUUCUUCAUUAGAGAUCCUACCAAUUUGUUAAAAACUAAAUUUAUCCUAGCAAUUGGAUAUUUAGAAGAAGAAAGUGGAUAGAGAUAUGGUUGAAAGGGACUUUUGAAAAUUUACUGUGCUUGCCCCCAACUGCCCCAGUUCUCCCCUCCCUCAAGGAUACUGAAUAUAAGAGCAGCUCCAUUGCCUGUUCACAUUUCCUGGUAGCU